AUGGAUUUUCUGAGUUUGGAUGAUUUCAAGAACAUAGAAGUUGAUCCCCAAUGGACUGCUUUUGAUUAUUUACUCAAGACUGUGGAGGUGGACCAAGAGAAAGCUGCAAAGAAACGGUCCCCCCUUGGCAAUGCAGGAGAAUCCAUGGGGAAGAAAAGGGAAAGACCAAGACAAAGAAGAGAAGAACAUGGCCGGCAGAAGAGAAGAGCCAGAGCCAUGGUAUUGGUCCCUCCUUGUGCUCCCCCAUUGUUGCCCCAGAGCUUCAGCCAACGCAUUGAAGAAAUGGGUGGAGGAAAUUUGGUUUUCGUGAUCGAGAAGAAACUGUUUUACUCGGACGUCAAUCCCCAAGCCAGCCGACUUUCCAUCCCCUUCUCACAAGUCCAAUCUCAUGCCUUCCUCACAGAGUCAGAGGCCCAACAUUUGGAGGGGAAGAAUAACACCAUUACAGCUCUCCUACUGGAACCAUCAAUGGUGAAAACUGAGGUCAACUUUAAAAAGUGGAUUAUGGGCAAGAGUGCAGCGUAUGUGAUUACAACAACUUGGAAUUCUGUGGUGAAGAACAAUGAACUGAAGGAUACAAGUGUUGUUCGGCUCUGGUCGUUCCGUGUCAACUCUGCUUUAUGCUUCGCACUUCAAAAGCUCUGA